UGUCCUUCAGGGCCCCACUACAGAGCAGAGUGACUCUUACUCCAGCCUUGUACACUGAGCUAUCUCACUGUACACACAGAGAGGAGAGAAGUGGACAUCCAUAACCUGGUCUGUCCCCCCAGAGCUCACCUGAACACAGAGGUAUACACUAUAGUGUGACUCUUACUUAGACAUCACCACGACUACCACUCACGAAAGGAGAGAGGGACAGGUAAACAGACGGCUGGAGGAAAAAAAAGGACCAAAUCGAUGAGAGAUAUGGGUGGGAAGGAGAAGAAGACUGUAGGCAUUACCAAUGUGCCAAAAUACCAGGGGUCAGACAAGAAGCCUUCCCCAUGCUGUGAAGGCCGUAGCAGUGAGUCAGCCCCAGGAAGCAGAAAGCAGAAUGGCAAAGUCCAUCAGACCCGCUUGCCGUUCUUCAGACACCUGGAGAAGGUGGAGACCAUGAGGAGCUUCUGGGAGCUCAAACACGUGGAGCAGGAGGGAGAACGACAACAGGGUAGCCCCUGCCCUCAGCUAUUGCCCCUCAUCCUCAAGCAAGUGGAGAAGAAAGGAGACCAUCAACAGCUGAAGGACAAUGGGAUGAGGGAUGGAAAGGACAAGGUCAAACUCAGCCUGAAAGGCCUGAAAGCCCAGAAGAAGAAGAAGCCUCCACAUGCAUCGGACUCUGUAGAGACCCUUCUUCUAGACCAGGUGGAGAAGCUCAACAGGCAGAAUGCUGAACUUUCCCAUGGUAACGGGGUUGUUCUGGACAUGCUCCGCGCCCCCGUCGUCCAACCAGAGGACCUGGAGGAUCUAGAGGGGGAGGAGGAAGAGAAGAGGAGAACCCCUGAACGGGAGGAAGAGCAGAGGGCUAGGGAGGAAGAGGAGGGGGAUAUAUUUGGUGAAUCUGAGGAAGAGGAGGGUAGGGAGGAACAAGUUGGAGAGGAAGAGGUGGAGAAGAGAAGGGAAGGAGGGGAAGAAGAGUCAUCAUUGUCACCAGAACCUCUAGAAAGCUCUGAAGAGUUAGGUGAAGUGGCCGCCAGCAGUAAAAACUGUGUCACAGAGGAGGACCUACUGAAAGAUGACCUGAAAAAGAGCAGAGUGGAGGAGAGGAAAGAGGACGAUGAAGAGGGAGGAGUACCUGAGGGGGUAGAGCCUCAGGCUGCCCAAUCAAAGGCAGAGAAGAUGAAGGAGGAAGAAGAGGUGGAUGAUGGACAGCCAGAAGAGUACAUCAUUGACUUUACCCCUCCGCCAGCAGCCCCCUUUGACCACCGCAUUGUGACUCCAAAACCUCACCAGAUUGCUACCUUCUACGCCAUUAACAGAGACGAGGUCCUAGGAGGGGGACGUUUUGGACAAGUCCACAAAUGUGUGGAGAACUCUUCUGGACUGACUCUGGCUGCCAAGAUGAUCAAGGCCAGGAGCCAGAAAGAAAAGGAUGUGGUGAAGAAUGAGAUCCAGGUGAUGAACCAGCUGAACCACGCUAACCUUAUUCAGCUCUACGCCGCCUUCGAAUCACGCCACGACAUCAUCCUCGUCAUGGAAUAUGUGGAUGGCGGGGAGCUGUUCGACCGGAUCAUAGAUGAGAACUACAAUCUGACAGAGCUGGACACAGUGCUGUUUAUCAGACAAAUCUGUGAGGGACUACAGUACAUGCACAGGAUGUACAUCCUGCAUCUAGACCUGAAGCCCGAGAAUAUUCUGUGUGUGAGCAGAGCCACAAACAAGAUCAAAAUUAUUGACUUCGGGCUCGCCAGGAGGUAUAAGCCCAGGGAAAAGCUGAGGGUGAACUUCGGAACGCCUGAGUUCCUGGCUCCGGAAGUCAUCAACUAUGAGUUUGUCUCAUUCCCUACGGACAUGUGGAGUCUGGGGGUCAUCACUUACAUGCUGCUGACAGGUCUGUCUCCGUUCCUGGGGGACGAUGACAAUGAGACUCUGAACAACAUCCUGGCCUGUCAGUGGAACUUUGAGGAGGAGGCGUUUACAGACAUCUCUGAGGAGGCCAAAGACUUCAUCACACGCCUGCUGGUCAAGAGCAAGAGUUGGAGGAUGAGUGCCUCACAGUCACUAAAACAUUCCUGGCUGUCGGAUCACAAUCUUCACUAUCGCCUGCAUCAGAAGUCUCCCAUCCAAAACGAGAGUCCCCUCCAAAAUAACUCCCAAGACCCUGUGGCUACCUUAUGAUGACACGGGGUCGGUGCCUUUUGAUGACACUGAGGCCAGGGACAGGGCCCAACACUGGACCAACACUGCCGUACCUCUAUGGCUACUGUAUUACUGCUCUCUACUCUGCCUCGCAUCUGUUAGCUUAGCUCUGCAGCUUGUGCAACUGAUUUAAAAACGUACCGUAAACUCACUCCACAGCUAGCUUGAAAUGUCGCUGAUAGAGCUAUGGAGUUAGAUAGCUCAAACGGUUUGUACGUUGUCAAGGAAAGCGGUCACUAUAAAAUGCACUUUAAUGUAUCACUAUCCAAUGCAAACAGAACCACUUUUUUGAACGAUCAUAUUUAUUACAUUUUCAGCUUACUGUAGAUUUCAAAUAACUCAACACAGGCCUAGUUUACCAAGUCUUAUCAUACCAUUGCAUUGUAUUUGUUUGUUGGGUUUUGAUUUAAAAUAAAGCUUUGGGUGCCAUUUAUUUUCCUGGUAUUGUAAAAGUUUAGUUUCUAUAGAGUAAGGAAUUCAUUUUUACACACCUUUCUCCUUGGUUUGCCCCAUCAAACUUUAAAUAGAUCACAUUCAUGAAAAUAAAUCAAUCAUUAUCAAUCCAGGUAAACAUAAACUUGUCGAUAUUAGACAUAAUUCCUCACUGUUAACCCCUGCUGCUCUGCCCGUUGCUACUGACUUUAAUUUCUCCUGGAGCCACUGCUGUGAAUAUACUGUAAAACUGCCUCUUCUGUGCCUGCAUGCUGUUGGCUUGACCUCAACCUUUUACCUUUCUUUGCUUUUGCCCUUUGGAUUAACCCUCUCACCUUCCAUGAAGGCAUAUUACUGAUCAACAAAACACUACCUAUAUGAUUUCAUAAUUCUCACUGAAGUUAGUAGCUGAAGUUAGUAGCCUAAGUGCCAGUCUGUUUGUGUUGUCAUGACAACUCCUUGUCACUCCUUGUCAUGACAUAUAUUUGCACUACCCUUCCGACUGGGCACACAAUGAAAUGAUGUUGACCCAACGUGGAAUAGACGUUGAAUUUACGUCUGUGCCCAGUGGGUUGUGAAUGGAGGGUAGCUGUGAGGGUUAUUGAAUUAGGGUCAAAUCCAGAAGAUUUGAUCCUGAUAUCUGAUUGCUGGGAGGCCAGACUGUUUGGCUUGACAAUGAGCAAUGGAGUUCGCAUGAGCUACAACAGAUCUGAGACCAGUCUAUGGAGUUACAGUGGGGCAAAAAAAGUAUUUAGUCAGCCACCAAUUGUGCAAGUUCUC